AUGGCGAAAUGCAUCAGAAGCACCUCUAGUACAUUCAAUGACGGACUCGCAAAGACUGAGGGGAACGAGAGAGUUAUAUACUACUGCCGAUUGGGGAUCAAACAAGCUUCAGGUGAUGAUGACGUCAGUGAGGAAAUCACAGCAACCGAAAACACCUGUGAAAGACGCGCACAUGGAUCGCCUGUUUGGAGACUGUUGUCACAAGCAACCAAGGAUAAGAUUCAGGAAGUGAGAGGUGAUGAGUGUAGGACAGUAACUGUUCAGACUGGUGGAUCUGUUAUUAUUCCAUGUCAUUAUGAAAGUAAAUACACCCAACACAAGAAAUACUGGAGCUAUCAUCCAACAGGAUCUUAUUAUUUCUCCUCUAUUCUGACAUAUGCAAAUAAAACCAAAGGAGACGUGUCAGUAAUUGAUCAUCCUGAUCAGAGUUUAUUUACUGUCACUAUGAGAGACCUGCAGCAUCAAAACACUGGAUAUUACAUGUGUGCUGUGGAAAUUGAACGAGUUCACUAUGAUGUGUAUGAGUGGUGUUAUCUCAAAAUCCAAUCAGCUCCUGAUGUCUCUGUGAUGUCCAGCAGUGUAACUGUAGAUGAAGGUGGUAAUAUCAGUGUACAGUGUCUCUACAUUUCUACAUAUAAGUAUGAACACAAACAGUGGUGCAGAUAUAAAGACAAGAGAUGUUACACAGUGGGCAGUGGCACAUCCCAGUAUUUAGUUGAGAUCAGUGAUGAUAGGAGAGGAUGUUUGACUGUGGUGAUGUCUGGACUGAUGAAGAGUUAUUCUGGCUGGUAUUACUGUUCUGUAGGAGAUCUACAAGCUCCUGUUCAACUCACAGUAAAAAAGCCUCCUAAAUCUCCUGAUCUCUCUGUGAUGUCCAGCAGUGUAACUGUAGAUGAAGGUGGUAAUAUCAGUGUACAGUGUCUCUACACUUCUACAUAUAAGAAUGAACACAAACAGUGGUGCAGAUAUAAAGACAAGAGAUGUUACACAUCUCAGAAUGCAUCAGUUAAGAUCAGUGAUGAUGGUAGAGGAUCUAUGACUGUGGUGAUGUCUGGACUGAUGAAGAGUGAAUCUGGCUGGUAUUACUGUUCUGUAGGAGAUCUACAGGCUCCGGUUCAACUCACAGUCAAUGUUGCUGAAAUCUCUGUUGGAAAUGUAACACCUGUUGAAUUCACUGAUGGAGAAGCAACAUCAGCAGACCUACAGCUCUCUCUACUAUAA